AUGCAGAAUAUUUCGGCCACCGAGGCCACCGCCGGUAUCCAGAUCCUCGCCGACACAGCCCUCCGCCGCGAUGAAGCAUUUUCUCGAUAUGAGACUACACCUUUCAAUGACAGCCCUGACGAAAAAUGCGACUCUCCGUCCCGCAUUCUCGACACAUUCUACCAGAGUGGGGGGUCUGCGUCAAUCGUCCAAAUAACAAACUUUAAUAUUCGGCAAUUUCAAAGCAUUUGGAGGACGUUCGCGGAUUUUAUAACGUCAAAAUUCAAUGUCGGGCGUGGACACAAAUCCCCGUUUACGGGCAAAGACGUUUUCUUCAUGGUGAUUACGGUCCUCAAGCACGGCGGUAAUUGGGACCUCCUAGGGCGUAUUUUAAGAUCAAAGGGCCAACGUUCGAGCGUCUUAUAA